AUGCGCUCAUUUUUCAAUAAGCCAGCCUGGGCUAAUACAGCCGACGAGCCUUCUGCCCACGAAUUCUAUCGCCGUUCCCAUCAGACAUACGAUGACAUUAUAAAGGCAAAUAAACAACAGCGUCGCGAAGAAGCUGCGAAGUCUGCGCUGAAGCCCGCCGCCCAACCAACCAAGAGUGCUGUCCGAUCUUCCAAACGUCGCCGCAUAUCAGACCAGGAUGAUGGGCUAAUAGAGGACGAUGGUCUGGAAUUAAACAACAAUAAAUCACUUAGUCCCUCUCCGCAAGAUGAACAGCCAGCUAGAACGCGCAGUACUGAAUAUAUUGAGCGCCGGGGAUCUUCCGAGCGCUCUGAUGACGAGGGCGCGUCAGAAGGGGGGUUGGCUGUUGAUAAACAGAGAAUGGUAUCACCGGAGGUUGAAGUCGUUGAACAACCACCAUGCAUGGAAAACUCCUCGCUGCCUCACCGGUCUAUACUGUCGUCGGAAAAGCAUACAAAACCGUCACCCUCGAAAGAUGACUCAUCAGCGAACGUCAGAGAGGAAACCGUGCCUGAUAGUCAGGAUAAAGGAAGACAGGCAGACAAGAAGGACGAUUUUAUUGUGGAAAUACUAGUCACGUCCGAGAUUGAGAAGACUCGACCGUUGAUUGUUCGGCGACAUAUGUCACAACGAUUCCGAGAUAUUCGCUUAGCAUGGUGCGCACGACAAGGGUUUGAUCAGAAAAUGACUGAUUCAGUGUACUUGACUUGGAAUAAAAGAAGAUUGUUCGAUGUCACGACGUGUAAGAGCCUUGAUAUUAGUGCUAUGCCGUCUAGUGGUUUGGAUUUUGAGGAUGAGCCGCAUGGUGUCUUGCGCAUCCACGUCGAGGCUGUGACGGACGCUUUACAAAGAGCGCGUACUGAGACAGCCCUACCUACUCCGCAAAUAGUUGAGGACGAAGCCGAUGAGAAGCAGAAUACAUUCCAUAUUGUUCUAAAGAGUCCCGGCCAUGGUGAUUUGCGAGUGAAGGUCUUGCCUCGGACACCUGUCCUCCAGAUCAUUACCCAUUUCCGAAGCAAACGAAACAUAUCUUCGGAUAGCAGGAUAUCCUUAUCUUUUGAUGGGGAUAUACUCGACCCAAAUUCGCAACUGAAGGACUACGAUAUUGCCGAUAUGGAUCUUGUGGACGUUAUUCUUCGAUUGGACACUGGUAAUAUGACAACCACACACUAA